CAAACUCGUUUCAUUGAUCACUUUAACAAAAAUAUUGAAACCGUAAAGGUUUCUUGUUGAAUGAGUUCAACAAACAUAAAAAUAUAGCCUAUUGUCUUCGUCAAAUAAAUAAUAAGUUCAAACAAGGAAACUACGAUGUCUACAAAAUUGUGGAAAGAAAGACCACCGGGCCGUGAACAAAUCGAGCUAGAAAAGAUGUUCAAGAACCAGGAAAUCGAUCCUCGUCGUGACUCGCCAGAUAGCGUUAAGCGAAGGAAUGAUCUAUUCAAGGAUUUCAGUGCACCGGUCUUUGCCAAUCACUUUCGCAAAACAAAAGCAAAAUUGGGAUUAAGUGCCACUGUGGUGAAUUACGACGAAGGACCAUCAUCUAUUCCUGAGAUGGGGGGAUUCGACGUAAGAGAGAGGUCGCGUACACCACCAGAAAUUAUUACGUCUGAAUCCAAACAGAAGGAGCAAAUUAACAAUAUCAGACAUAACAGUGCGCCAUGCUGGACAUGGACAUAUACUGACCACGACAAGAAAAAGGAUUUUGUAUGUGUUGCGGUUCCAGCAGUGUCUGGAAAAAAAGCCAAAUUUUCUAUUUCGGAAGAUGGAUUGCAAAUCACCAUUAAAUACGAGUGGCCAGAAGUUAUGUUCAAGGCAAAUGAGCUAUUUAGCAAGUCAAAUGCUGACGGACGGAAACUUUUGAUGAAUCAUCCGAAGGUUCACUCCUUUGUAUCGUAUUUAAAUGAAUGUGGAGUCACCGAAAAAUCUUCAUUGCAAGGGGACAGCAUCAUAGACUUGCCGAAAAAAAUACAACGGGAAAAUGAUUCUUGGACGAUGGAGAAAGUGUUAGUUUCGGACACUAAAAUGAUUCUUUUGGAAUUUUCAGCAUUCCAAAAAUCGUUAAUGAUAAAUGAUGCAGACACAUCACUUGAUUUUUAAAAAUAAAUCUAAUUUGUGCCAAAUCUAAAUUGUUUCCAUUUUAUCUGACUUAUUACGAUUUCCC